CAAAUGUGUGACUUGUCAAAGCCACUGAAGCAUGCCACCUGCUCAGAAGAGAAGUUGCGUGGUUGGCAAGUGUCUUGGAGUGUCAGUCUUGGAGAGAAAACAUUUGUCACAGAGACAGAAAAAAAAUGUUGGGGCUUCUUCUCUGCAGCUUUUGUGUGCUUUGUGUGCAGAGUGAGAUAACUUUGGAAGCCGAUAUCCCUUCUUUGAAAGUUAAAGUUGCUUACUCGGUCCGGCUGGAGUGCUGUUUCAACACCACUGGGAAAAUAGAGCUCAUUUGGAUCAAGCAAUCAAGAGAAAGUGCAAAGAAAAACAUUCUAUAUGACUCUUUAGGUGACGCUGUAAAUAAGACAAACGACUUGGGAGGUGGACAAUAUCGUGGCAUUCUCCACAUUCAGUCUACCGCACUGAAUGAUACUGGCUAUUACCGCUGCUUAAUCAAAACAGGACCCAAUCAUGUUUACGUCUAUACUCAUGGCACUUACCUGCAAGUUUAUAUGCCUCUUGAGAAGACCAUAAAACUGAGUGAAAGUGACAAGAAUGUUAUCCUAAUCACAGAGGGGAUCCUGCUUUUGUUAUGUGUGAUCCUGCCAUCAGCCGCCCUGCUUGUCAAGUCUAAAGACCUGAAUGAGCUGGAGAAAAGGAAGGUGCAAAAAGAAGAGGAGAACAUAUACCAGGGCCUAAAUUUGGAUGACUGCUAUGAAGCAUAUGAUCAGCUUGAACACCUGCAAGGAAAUGGCCCAUAUGAAGAUGUGGGAAACAAUGAAGACAUGCAACUUGAGAAACCUUAGAAGACGCCAAGUUUAAUACUCUUUUAUAUUGUUAAUUCACAUUUUGGCCUACAUUUUACAGAAAUAAUCUAACUAGUUUGAAAAAAAUACCGUUGAAAUAGGCUAUAUAUCCUCAUGUACAUCUUUUUAUUUGUUUUGUUUUGCAUUUUGAUGUCUGUAUUCUUUUUCAUGAUCUCAUCUGACCACUUUUUAUCAAAUAUUGUCAGUAUUCUCAAUGAGCUUGCCUAACUGUACGCUUCUUAAUAAAUGGGCGGAUCUUA